CGGGCACAUUCGAUUGCGUCCACCAAACAUGUCGUCCGACGUUGGAGCCGAUGGCAUGCUGCCGUUGGAAAUCCGAGGCAUCCCCCGCGCCAAGGAGAUCGUGGACAUGAUGAAGUUCUUCGAAUUCAGCUUCAAGCCUGCGUCCAGCUUUGAAGGGACCAUUUGCUUCACGUUUAACGUGGAGCACUCGGACCAAAAGAUGCGGUACCUGGUCGAGUGCAAGCGAAACCAACCCGUCCGAGCGGAGCUGGUGGGCGCGGCGUCCACAAACCUCAAGUACGACUGCGAAGUGACGUCUUCGAUCGAGGACUUUCUGCAUGUCUACUCGGGCAAGGCCAGUGCCGGUGAAAUGGCCAAGAUGUGCUACACCGGGCGGGUGUACAUCUCUGGCCUUCAGUUUCGCCUCGUGACUCGAUUUGCACAGAGCUUUGACUUUACGAGUCAAAAGUGGAACGACUUUUAUACGUGGGAACAGCAGCAGCAGCAGCGACGACGGCGACAGCUCGGAGGCGACGACACGGAUGAUAGCAUGAUCGAGCACGUGCCCCGCCAAAUCGCCUUGUACAUCCGCGGCGGGGGCGUCAACAUGUCGAUGGUGCAGCGCGGCUGCUUUGAAGCGUCCAUGGGCCGCAUCUUUGGGCCCCGCGUCCUCAUGACGUACACUGCGCUCGUCCACCAAGGCCGCCGACUGCCGCAUCGCCCCGCCGACCUCUGGAGUCACUUCAAGAACAAAAAAUUUAGCCGCGCCAUUCGCUGUGCGCUGGGCCACCCAAGUCAGUAUUAUACCACCCACAAACACAAGGCGCAUCUCCCACCGUCUAAACUGCGGUCGGACGUGCUCGUGCUGUGGGAAUCCUCGUAUGAGUUGAUAUCGUGUCCAGCGAUUGUGCCGGCGCCAUCAACCAACACGUCCCUCUUGCUGUGGAGCGACAGUUCCCUCGAGGCGGAUCCUGUCGAUGCUUUAGCCCCGUUGGACCCACCAUGUCGUCCCGCGAACGGCAGUCGGUUUCCGGCAGAGGCUUAUACCCGCCGCAUCGACCUGCGCGACGCAGGCAUGGCCCAGUUGAGCAAAAUCAUCGACAACGUCGUGGGCGAGGCGUUCCAGCCCGCGGUCAAGUCCAACCACGUCUCGGCGCCGGCGAGGUUGAUGCGGGAGGUUCGCAAGUGGAUCCUCAACAGUCACGAACAGACGACGGCAGCAACGGACCUGCACAGCGUCCUCCGCGACAUCGACGGACUGAUUUGCGCCCAGCUGGGUAAACCCACGCGGCCAGCGCCGUGUCUGCAGAAGGAGGUGCCGACAGCAGACAUCAUUCGGUACAACACCCGACGGGACCUGGCUCGGAUCAAGCAAACCAUGGCCGGCAUGAAGCGCACCCUGCUCGCCCACCAAAUCAGCCCCAAGUCACUACCAGACAACAUGAGUCUCCUCACGCUGGACUAUUGAUUAAUCUACCACAGGCGGUGAAUAUAUACAGCCCCA